UCCUGUCCUGCUCCUGCCCGCUUCUCUGUAUCAUCUGCUCAAAAGGAGUGCAGCGAACAGAAAAAAAAGAAAGGGUGGAACACCAAUCCGAGCAUCCAACGCUUCCUCAUGCACUGUAUAUAAAACCACCCAUUGCUGGCUCCAUCCAUCCAUCCGUCUCACUUCCCCUGUUUCCGUUCCAUCGCUCGAUCUAGACUUCUAGCUAGUAUCUCUUCUGGUCCGCUCUCAGUUACUACCAAGCUAUCACCAGCGACCUGAUAAAGAUUGGGCAGGGCAGAGGGGGCAGGAUGCCGUGGGCGGGGACGACGUCCGUUCAGCUGGCGGUGUUCUUCCGCGUCAUCCUGUGACCGAUCGCGGUCGAGGCUGGUGCGGGCCGGGGGAUCGGUACCAUACCAGGCGGUGGAGGGACAAGGAGCCGUGCCCCCGCUGAGGACAUGUGCGUUGGGUUCGACCGGAGGAUCCUUGACGCCGUCGUUAUGACCAGUGGCGCCGUCGCGUACUACUACAGAUUGAUGCAAGUGUGCCAGGCCGAAUACUUCCGCCAGCUGCUCAAGCCUGUGACGUAGAUUAGCUUAGCUCACACAUUCCAACCAAACAGCCUCAAAACCCAAACAAACUAACCAAAUCAAUUUUGAAUUGGACCACGGAAAAAGCCAGCUCCAGUUAGCAAAACACCCCUUGAAUUCAUACUUGUUUAGUUUCAUUUCAAUCAAAAGCAAAACUUUUCCUCAAUUUCCAGGACAAACACAACCACAAGCCAACACAAAUUCGAGCAGCACCGCAUAGGCGUCCUGAUGCAGGGCGACCCAGGGUUCGGGUACGGCGGUUUCGGCUACGGCUACGGCUAUGGCUACGGCGGCGCCGGCUACGACAUGGCCGGCUACGGCUCCGGUGGAGGAUACUACAUGAGCGACCCGUACCCUGCUGCUUAUGAAGACCCGCUUGCUGGUCGGAGGCAGCACGACUUCCCAGCGCCGCUCACCGGCCUCGAGUUCCAGCCGUCGGAAACCUGCCCCAAGAACUACGUCAUCUUCGACCAGACCUACGACCGGAGCCGUGUGAUGUUCCACCCGUCCCUGGCUAACAAAUUGGGCAACUCCGGCGGCUAUGACCACCACUGCUACGGCUUCGACCAGGACUACAACGGCAAGAGCGCCUACUGCGGCGUCGAGGACGACGGCGGUGGGUGCUCGAUCCGGCAGAAGGAGGACACCGACGAGAUCGACGCGCUGAUGAGCACGGAAGACGGCGAGGAGGAGGACGACGUGCUGAGCACGGGUCGCACGCCAGGGUGCCGAGCCGGGGGUUCGCCAGACUCCACGUGCUCGUCCGGAUACGGGGUGAGCACGGGCGCGUCGAGGUCCGAUUGCGGCGGCGGCCGGAAGCCCGAGGCCGGAGGCGAGAGGAAGAAGGAGCGGAUGAAGAAGAUGAUGCGGACGCUCAAGGGGAUCAUCCCCGGCGGCGACAGGAUGGACACGCCCGCCGUCCUCGACGAGGCUGUCAGGUACCUCAAGUCGCUCAAGGUGGAGGUCAAGAAGCUCGGCGUGCGUGGCUCAAGCAGCUAGGCGACAUCGAUCCACAGUGGCCUCAACGGCCGUAAAAAAUCUUUCUCUGCUGGCAGGUAACGAGACUGACUGUUGUCGGAAAGCCCAGUAGCCGCACCUUUUUGCUAGCUAACAGAGAGAUCGUCAUGGCGGAGCUCUCGUGCCAUGGAUCGGAGGAGAAAGAUUAGAAAAGAGAGCUCCGUCGCCGCACGCUUUCUUGCUUUUAUUCCGUCAGUGUCCUCGGGGUGCCCGGGCCAUGGCUCUAGCUGCCUGCGUGCAUGGAUUGUUGCUUUCUUUUUUUUCUUCAGAAGUUGCUGCUUUUUAUUUCUUCUUCCUUUCGUAUCUCAAAUGGUGGCUCGUGUUGUAACCAUCAUGCAUGCUGAUGAUAUACAACGUGUUUUUUUUUCUUUUUUUUUGUUAUCCUCGUGCUAUGUUGGGCUCGGCACCGCGGAUCGUAGCUGUCUCGUGCUAUCUUAUCCAUGCUGCCUGAAUCUCGUCUGAAAAUUCAUAGAGAAGUUUCUCUUGAAGAUGUCAAUAGGACUGUUGUUUAAUUAAGAUCGCAAUGAUG